AUGGAUGCAACAGCGGAAGCCAUGACGGCGGCGCAUGAGCUAUACGCGCGUUCCGGCGGUAUUGGCGGCGGCGACGCUGCUUCAAGACCCCCUAUAUUCAAACUCGUCGGCAUAAUACUGGCCAUUUCUUCCGGCGCCUUCAUCGGCACUUCGUUCGUGCUCAAGAAGUACGGCUUGCUGAAGGCCAACGAGAAAUACAACGAGGAACCUGGCGAGGGCUACGGAUACCUCAAGAACUUCUGGUGGUGGACUGGUAUGAUCCUGAUGAUCAUUGGAGAGAUAUGCAACUUUGUUGCCUAUGCCUUUACCGAUGCCAUCUUGGUCACUCCCCUUGGAGCUCUAUCCGUCGUCAUCACAGCCAUACUAUCUGCCAUAUUCCUAAAGGAGCGCCUCAGCUUGGUCGGCAAGGUAUCGUGCUUCCUUUGCAUCGUGGGAUCCGUGGUCAUUGUCAUGAACGGCCCACAAGAGUCCUCCGUUGCAACCAUUGAGCAGAUGCAGGCCUUUGUCAUACACCCGGCAUUUCUUUCGUACACAGGUGUGAUCGUUAUCGGCAGCGCCAUCACUGCAUUUUAUUGUGGACCGCGCUGGGGAAAGAAAAACAUGCUUGUUUACAUCUCCAUCUGCUCGUGGAUCGGAGGCUUGAGCGUGGUCGCAACACAGGGCCUGGGGGCUGCAAUCGUCACCCAGAUUGGGGGCAAGCCGCAGUUCAACCAAUGGUUCACCUACGUGCUGCUGGCUUUUGUCAUUGCCACCUUGCUCACUGAAAUCAUCUUCCUGAAUAAAGCUUUGAAUCUCUUCAACGCUGCCAUGGUCACUCCUACCUACUAUGUCUACUUUACCAGCACCACAAUCAUCACCUCUACCGUCUUAUUCCGAGGAUUCAAGGGCACACCCACAUCCAUCAUCACCGUGGUUCUCGGGUUCCUCACCAUCUGCGCAGGCGUUGUCUUGCUGCAGCUGUCCAAGUCAGCCAAGGACGUCCCCGAUACAGCCGUUUUCAAUGGAGAUCUCGACCAGAUCCACACCAUUGCCGAGCAGGAGCAGCCGGAGACGGAGCCCAAAGCAGAUGCUAUUCGUGGAACUGCCGCCAUCGUCCGGAGGCUCUCGUCUGCACGAAUGCGUAUGGAGGCAGAGGAGCUCAAGCGGCUGCAUGAAGAAAAACAGGCCGAGACUCUGGAUCCUGUGAACGAGGACGCCACGGCUCAAUAUGAGUGGGAUGGCCUAAGGAGACGCAGGACUACGUACGGCAGCCGAAGAUCACGAGCCAUGACCUCACCCAACCCAUUUGUAAUCCCGCCGCCAACACCUCAUCCGCCCCUUGGUUGGUCACAUUUCCCUACCCAGGAAGAACUCGACGCUCUCGACAGGCCCUCUACUCCAGGCGCCAUGUCCAGCAUUGUCGGGACAAUCCGCUCCAGAGCCAAAAGCAUCUUGGUAAAGGAUGGAGACACUCCGGCGAGGCAUAACGCGCGGCCAGGCCUGGAGAGCAUCCAUAGCCCCAUGCAUCCCGUCCAACUGACCGAGGUGAACCUGCAGCACAAAGGACAGGACCUGGAAGCUGGGUUGUACCCAGAGAAGAAGGACGGAAAGUACUACCAAGGGAGUAACCUGAGCGUCCCCGGUAGUAGCCGCAGCGCACCUGCUGGAAGACACAGAGGCCCUUCAAACGCUAGCGACCUGAGCAGCCUAGGGCCCCCGCCGACGCCGCCGCCGCACGGCGCACGCCGACAGUUCAGCUUCCAAAAGAUUGGCUUUGGACUAGGCAUGAGGGGAAGCGGCGCAAGCCAGAACCAACCAUCGCCAUCGCCGGGAGGCUUCGGAUCUGAAGGUGUCGAGGAGCCAAGGCCGCGUACUGGACGGGGUUACUCAAGUCCCAUAACCAAGGGCGCUAGCGAGGAGGAGAGAGUAGGGCUGGUGACAAAUGAUGCCAAGUCAUUGCCUACGUUGCCUCGAUAUGACGAGGUAUCAGAGGAGAAUGAGCUUCUGCCCGAUGAGGGGGGUACUUACAGCGACGAGAGUAGGAGGACGCCGCCCAGGAUGAAAUAUGGCCGGGGUAUCACCGAGAGCCCUCCGAGGGCCCGACAGACCUUGGAAGAGGCCGAAGAAGCCUCCCUGGCCGAGUACGAGGCUUCCCGGAAGAGAUUCAACGAGAGUCGGGCAGCAAGCCGUGAUCGAUCCGGUGAUCCAGGCUCAUCAAGGGAUCGUGGGAGUCCGCCGGCCAGACAAUCACGAAGGCCGCUACCGGGCAGCGAUAACGGGAUGUUUAUCUGA